AUGCACGCCCCUGCCGCCAGGACAGUUCUCCGCACAGCAGCAGCAGCAGCACGCUCUGCCCAGCCGGCCCUCGUCCGCCCUGCCGCCCUCCCCGCCCUGCGAUCGUUCGCCUCGUCGUCCCCCCUCCCCUCAUCGGCCGCACCCGACUCGUCCCCGGCAACGUCCCCUGCCGCCCCAACCGCCUCGACCAGCGCCUCGACGUCGUCGGCAGCCACCCGCCCCGAGGGCACCCCCCAGCCGACCAAGCUCCCCGGGUCCAACCUCGGGCCGCCGAGCGGCGCGACCAAGUACUCGCCCCUCACCGUGUCGCUCGUCACCAAGCUCGCAAAGCUGUUCGGGUACCACUCGCAGACGAGUACGGCGAUCCGCACCACGAGCGACUACUACGACCGGUGCGCCGAGCGAGGCGAGGUCGAGGCCGCCUUCUUCUACGAGGAGUGCUCGUUGCCGCCGUCGUUCCAGACGUGGUUCUCGCUCACGACGCUGCACGUGUGGCUCCUCAGCGUCCGGUUCCGGUCGCUCCCGCCACCGCUCGGCCGCACCUACGUCCAGGAGCUCAUCAACCACAUGUUCAUCGACGUCGAGUUGCGCAUCCGCGGGCCGUACGCCGUCACCCAGAGCCGCCUCAUCAAGGGCUACAUGAACGACAUGCUCGAGCAGUACCACGGCGCGUGCGCCGCGUACGACGAGGGCCUCGUGCGCGGCGACGCCGUCCUCGCGGCCGCCAUCUGGCGCAACGUGUUUGGCGCCGGCUGGGGCGGCGUCGGCGGCGUCGAGGGCAAGCGCGCCCCAAAGGCGGGCGAGAAGCCAAAGCUCGGCCCGAACCCGCUCCAGGUCGAGGCCGACGGCGCCGUCGACGUGCCGGGCGUCGCCAAGCCGGCAUCCACCUCGUCGUCAUCGCAGGCGCCGCUCGAGGUCGACCCGGUCCAGGCCAAGCUCCUCAAGAAGGACCAGCCCGCCUCGUCGCUGUUCGCGACCGACGCGCCGAUCCAGGACCCGGCCGUCGCGACGUCGACCUGGUCCCCUUUGUACCCGACCGACCCGGACCUCGAGUUCCCGCAGAGCCUCGAGCGCUUUGUCGUGUACGUGCGCCGCGAGGUGCAGCGCCUCGAGCGCUUGUCGGACGACGUCGUCAUGCAGGGCAAGCCGGACAAGGGCAGAGGGAGCCUCGUCGACUUUGGCAAGUUCUGA